CGGUGGUCCCCCCGGGGUCAUGGUGCCCUGAGCCAGCAUGGAAUUCAACAAGGAGGAAUUCCGGCGGCAGCUGGGGGCCGGGCUCGGCCGCCUGCACAGGUUCCUGGAGCGGCGCCAGGAUGACCCCGAGAGCCUGGAGCUGAGCUCGGGGGGCGCCCCCCCGAGCGCAGCGCGGCCCCCGGUGCUGGACUGCACCUUCUGCGGGCUGCCCCGGCGCUACGGCAUCGCCAUCCUCUGCGGCAUCGGCUUCUGCAUCAGCUUCGGCAUCCGCUGCAACCUGGGCGUGGCCGUGGUCAGCAUGGUCAACCCCAGCCACGGGCAGCACGCCCAGUUCAACUGGGACCCCGAGACGGUGGGGAUGAUCCACGGCUCCUUCUUCUGGGGCUACAUCGUCACGCAGAUCCCCGGCGGCUUCAUCGCACAGAAGUUCGCCGCCAACAGGGUGUUCGGGCUGGCCAUCGUGUCCACCUCGGUGCUGAACAUGCUGAUCCCGUCGGCCGCACGCACCCACGUCGGCUGCGUCAUCGCCGUGCGCGUCAUGCAGGGGCUGGUCGAGGGUGUGACCUACCCUGCCUGUCACGGCAUCUGGAGCAAGUGGGCGCCGCCCCUGGAGCGGAGCCGCCUGGCCACCACGGCCUUCUGCGGCUCGUACGCGGGGGCGGUGGUGGCCAUGCCGCUGGCCGGGGUCCUGGUGCAGUACACGGGCUGGAGCUCCGUGUUCUACGUCUACGGCAGUUUCGGGGUGCUCUGGUAUCUCUUCUGGGUGCUGGUGUCCUACGAGAGCCCGGCGCAGCACCCCACCAUCUCCCCCGAGGAGCGCAAGUACAUCGAGGAGAGCAUCGGCGAGAGCGUGGGCAGCAACCCGCUGCUGCUGGCCACGCCCUGGCGCCACUUCUUCACCUCAAUGCCCGUCUACGCCAUCAUCGUGGCCAACUUCUGCCGCAGCUGGACCUUCUACCUGCUGCUCAUCAGCCAGCCCGCCUACUUCGAGGAGGUCUUCGGCUUUGAGAUCAGCAAGGUGGGGCUGCUGUCGGCGCUGCCGCACCUGGUGAUGACCAUCGUGGUGCCCAUCGGCGGCCAGAUCGCCGACUUCCUGCGCUCGCGGGGGCUCAUGUCCACCACCAACGUCCGCAAGAUGAUGAACUGCGGCGGGUUCGGCAUGGAGGCCACGCUGCUGCUGGUCGUGGGCUACUCGCACUCGCGGGCGGUGGCCAUCUCCUUCCUGGUGCUGGCCGUGGGCUUCAGCGGCUUCGCCAUCUCCGGGUUCAACGUGAACCACCUGGACAUCGCCCCGCGCUACGCCAGCGUGCUCAUGGGGCUGUCCAACGGCGUGGGGACGCUGUCCGGCAUGGUGUGUCCCCUCAUCGUGGGGGCACUGACGCGCCACAAGACGCGCGAGGAGUGGCAGUGGGUGUUCCUGAUCGCCGCGCUCGUGCACUACGGGGGCGUGGCCUUCUACGGCGCCUUCGCCUCGGGGGAGCCGCAGCCGUGGGCGGAGCCGCCGCGCGAGGAGGCGGAGCCACUGGCGCCGGGCGGCGACGAGGAGGAGGAGGAGGAGGAGGAGGGCGAGGAAGGAGGAGGAGUGGGGGGACCGCCGGGAGGGCCCCCCGCCAGCUACGGGGCCACCGGCACCACCCCGGCGCCCGGGACCCCGCACGGGUGACGCGGGACGGCCGCGGGGGCGUGCUGCGAAGGAGAGACCCCCGCCCCGAGAGCCCCGGGGAGCGCCGAGAGCCCCGGGAGCCCCCGGCCCCCGUCCCGAGGGCACCGAGAGCCCCCGGCCCCCGUCCCGAGGGCACCGAGAGCCCCCGGCCCCCGUCCCGAGGGCACCGGGGAGCCCCCGGCCCUUGUCCCGUGCACCCGAGAGCCCCGAGAGCCGGGGCCCCCCCGCUGUACAUAUAUAAAUACAAGGAGCGGCCGCUGGA